AUGGGAACACGUGAAAUAAAUUGUACGCGUGAUAUUUGGGACGAAGUGCUUGACCGUGUUGAAUCGAAAUAUUUGGAACACCGUCUCGACGACAUUUACUGCUUGACGACAAACUUUCAACAGAAAUCUAUCGAAGAAAAGGCCAAAGUGUGUGUUGAAACAGUAAAAGUUUGGCUCAAACUGUUCACCAAGCAAGAAAAAAAAUCUUUCGACAAUAUAUAUGUUCAAGAUCUCUACUGGUUAAAUCUUUUUGUAACUGGAAAUCUUCAUAAACAUUGGGAAAACUUUUUUGAGAAUAAUAACUACCGUCAUGUUGAUGUAUCCAGUAAAUUUCCAGAUGAUCGAGUACAGCGACUAGUGUUUCAUUUUGUUUACGACUGGGAAACGAAAUUUAAAAUUUUCUUCCUUGACAACGAAGUUCAAAAUCAGAAAAAAGUUGAUGUCCUACGUAAACAACUGGAAAAUAUCUUGUAUAUUAACCAGCGAAGUCUGUAUGGGAACAGAUGGCGCAUGUUUAGCUUGCCAGAUGAAAUUCUGAAACAAGCUUUACUGGGGGAUGGUGCUACGGUCAUCCUUAAAAGGGAUGAUGGUGAGCCAUUAAGAACUAUCACAGGGCAAACUAUAACUGCAUCAGCGCGCCAGGGUACUUCUAAAGAUUCUGCAGAUGGUCCUAAACCAGAUGAUCUAGAUAAAAGACUAUUUAAAGAUGUUCUUGAGUAUGCCAAGAAAUCCAACCCAAAUUUGAAUUUAGCCUCGUGGACACUGGUUAGAGCCAUUUUUAACUAUGAAGAUGAUGGUGAGAAGAAAGAAGUGAGAUGUUACGCAUUCUCUGGUGUGUCUGAAGACAAAAGGCAGAUACCCGCCGAGUGGUGGAAGAGUGCGAAAUGCAAUAAUUUCUAUCUUGAAGAAGACCGAGAUAUAUUUGUGCCGGUGGUUGAUGAGAAUCAACUUGGGCCAAAUUUGGUAAUGUCAAUUUUCAGUGCUUGGCGACCUUUUUAUGAAGAGGAUCUACGUAAGUUGACAACAUAUGUUGCAUUUGACCAGCUGGAGGAGGCAGAAUCCCAAAUUUUGGAAAAUCGCAAGGAUCUGGAUACUUUGAAUUAUUGGGAAUACCAUGACAUUGUCGUAGAUGUGGUAGAAGGUUAUGACGAAAGAAUAACGAAAGCAGUACUAAAUGUACUACAACUACCUUACAGUGUAAAGUGUUGUGGCAAGUUGGUCCAAAAACUGAUUUGUGGGCGGAAGAACCAAAAAUUUACAUCAAAUCAGGAUGGUUUAAACGUCGCUAUCCUCGAAGCCAAUCUGAUGGGUAAGGCAAAUGAAGCAGACAUUCCUGACUCCACAAAGCUGCUUGAACUGACAGAAAAAGUUGUAGAAAUCUCAACUGAAAAACUUUCGAAAUUGGAAGUUGAACUUAAAAAGAAACCUUCAUCAUAUUUAGUCGAUUUGGGGAAAAAAUUAAAGCAAGCUCAAUGCGGAGAGGACAAUGUUUUGUCUUUUUUAUCAGGAAAGUUGAUUCAAAAUGUCGAGACAUUCCUCACCACUCCUGUCCAGUUUGUUGCUCUAGACCAGGCUCACUUAGAUGGGAAACCAUUUUGUCCCAGAUGUGAUAGAAAAGUACAAUUUUUUUCAAUUUGUCCAUCAAUUUUGCGUUCUCUUGGCGUCUCUGGUAAUGAUGAUUUGCUAAGGAAGUUACAAGAACUUUUUUUUCAGAUGAACACUACACAAAACAAUGUGUAA